GCGAUUCCUGACAUUCCGGAGACUGGUAAACUUAAUCUCUAUGCAUGCCGGGAAAAGCCGUGUCCCGGCCUUCGCGCGGGGCACGCCGGGAGCAUCAUGAGGGAGGAGUUGGAAGCGGCCGUCGCCACCAAAAGUACUUGGCUGCUUCCGGGCUUGCUGAGCACUGGUUGUGCGGGUGAUUUGUGUGUCUCCUUGCCGCGGCCUCCGCCACUGCCGGCAUGUACCACAGCAGCACGCAGAGGCGGCAUUGGACCUUCAGCAGCGAAGAAAAGUUGAGCCGACGCCGGGUUGACGCCAACCGCAAGUUCCGGUGCAAAGCGGUGGCCAAUGGGAAGGUUCAACAGACUGACUCAUUUCUUCUUGAGCCACAUGAAGAGUUGAUAAUUUGUAAAUAUUAUGAAAAAAGGUUACUGGAUUUCUGCUCUGUUUUCAAGCCAACAAUGCCGAGAUCUGUGGUGGGAUCAGCUUGCAUGUACUUCAAGCGUUUUUACCUCAAUAACUCUGUGAUGGAGUAUCAUCCUCGCAUUAUUAUGUUAACGUGUGCAUUCUUAGCAUGUAAAGUAGAUGAAUUUAAUGUGUCUAGUAGCCAGUUUGUUGGAAACCUUCGUGAAAGUGCAGUAGGACAGGAAAAGGCUCUGGAACAGAUCUUGGAAUAUGAAUUGCUACUUAUUCAGCAACUGAACUUCCAUCUUAUAGUGCACAACCCUUACAGACCAUUUGAAGGCUUCUUGAUUGAUUUGAAGACUCGUUAUCCAUUGCUUGAGAAUCCUGAGAUGCUGAGGAAGACAGCUGAUGACUUUCUCAGUCGGGUUGCUCUAACAGAUGCUUUUCUUCUCUAUACACCUUCUCAGAUCGCUCUCACUGCCAUCUUGUCCAGUGCAUCUAGGGCAGGAAUUAAUAUGGAAAGUUACUUGUCAGAAACCUUAAUGCUGAAAGAGAACAAAGCUUCCCUCUCCCAGUUACUAGAUGGGAUGAAAUGCAUGAAAAAUCUGGUAAAGAAAUAUGAGUUACCACAUCCAGAAGGAGUUGUAAUUGUAAAACAGAAGUUAGAGAAAUGUCACAGCCCAGAACUUGCUCUUAAUACAAAUGUAAAGAAGAGGAAAGGCUAUGAAGAUGAUGAAUACAUUACAAAGAAACCGAAAAUGGAAGAGGAUGAAUGGACAGAUGAUGAUUUUAUAGACUGAUUAUUAGUCUCCAUACAGAUGACAUCCUGAAUAGUUUAUAGGAACUUCAUGCCUGAGUAACUGUUACAUGUUUCACUACUACAGUGAAAAAGAUAUAUUGCUAAUGUAAAUAAAUCACUUACUUUACAAAGUAGCCGGAAUACUUGAAAUUACUCAAAUGUCAUUGCUACAAAUAGGAAACAGUCAGUGGACAAAGAUAGUCAUUAAUGUUUUGGAUUUGAAUCAACAGUAACCUGUUUUCUGAUAACAGGUUUUAUAUGUCAAAGUAAGAUGUGAAUGUGAUAAAGAUAUCAAACGUCCAAGCAGCAGGGCUGCUCCUUGUGUUCUUACACACUUUAUCCAACCAUGGUUGCUGCCUCUUUAUUGGUCACACUUAAGAGUACCCAGAGUGAAUCAGAAUAUAUUACUGUCCGCGUAAGGCAAGUCUUUUUAUCUGUAGGGAUAACGCAUUUUUUCUGUUUUGGAAAUAACUAAGUUUUAAAUCAUAUGCAGAAAAAGUCAUAUAUAUGCUAUAAAACUGUUUUUAAUAAUGCAUGCAUGCCUAAUACAAUAAUCAAUAAAUUUACUGAAUUCAAA